AUGGAUGCUACUCUGUUCAGGGCUGUGGUUUUGAUGAGCAUGCUUGUGCUUGCAAUAGCUCAAGCUGAUAUUAAUCCCUCUUAUACCAAUGCGGAAAUCACAACCCUCUCUCACUUUAAUGCUAAACUCAUGAAUGCUAAGCUCCCAUGCCACAAGCUUCUCAUGCCAAGCCAAGAAUUUAUCUAUAAGCGACUAUUGGUUUCAUUGGUGAAGAAGACCAAGGUGUUUCCUAAGGCUCAACUACCUUUUCGAAACACUCUUGGGGUCUGA